AUGACGGACAACUUGUGGAACCCAGAAGAUCAUAUCCCACUCCAUAUCAAAGAGAGCCUCUCUAAACUAUCUCCAAAUUACGUGCUUGCAUUCUUCAAUUUAGUGCAAAGUUUGAAAUUGCAAAAGAGAACCGGUUGGCUAAACAACAAUAUAUCGAAUCCUGAGUCCAUCUCAGAUCACAUGUAUAGAAUGGGUAUCAUGUCUGCCAUCCUCAAGACCCCAAACGUCAAUACAGAUAAGUGUGUUAAGAUCUCGUUAGUCCAUGACAUCGCAGAAUCAAUUGUAGGUGAUAUAACGCCUUUUGAUGUCAAGAUCGAUAAAGAAGAAAAGCAUUAUAGAGAACUGAGCACUAUAAAAUAUAUAUGCAACGGACUUAUAAAACCAUACAAUACUACUGCGGCACAGGAAAUCCUCGACUGCUGGUUAGAUUACGAAGAUGAAAGAUCAUUAGAGGGUUCCCUUGUAAGAGAUCUCGAUAAAUUCGAAAUGUUGGUGCAGUGUUUUGAGUAUGAAAAAUCACAUAACAAGCAAAUGGACUCCUUCUAUGAUUGCGUACCAGUCAUCAAGAACCAAGAAGUGAUUCAGUGGACGGCACAGCUACUCAAUGAAAGAAGUAAAUAUUUCAAUAUUUAA